AUGGUGGUGUCAAUAAAUUGUUUACUCCUAGGAAAGACUUCUUUUCAUAAUACUUUUGCGGUUAAUCUUGUUAAUGAUAGCGACAUUUGUGGUUCUUUGGUCAAUAUUAAUAAUUUAAAGAUUUCAGACCUCAAGUAUCUAAUCUAUAAUGAGAUUAAUCAUGAUAUUAAGUUUAAUUAUCAGGACAUUGACCUUUGGAAGGUUGACAUCACUGAAAAUGAGGGAAACAAGCUUAAACAUGUUACUACCGAAGAUGAUAUUAAAAAAAAGCUUGGAGGCAAGAAGUUGGUACCCAUCCACUCAGUUAAGAAACAUUUUUUGGAACAAUUGCUUGUAGAUGAGAACAUUCACGUCAUCGUACAAUUGCCCGCUGCUGCUGUUAUCAUAGAAUCUUUUUCUAUGGUCAUGGAAAAGAUAUUAGAAAACGUUGCUAGAUCAAGUGAUAGAACACCUGGUUUCUCUAGUAGUAUACCUCUAAAGGAACGAAAUAUGGAAUCAGCAAUAAAAUCAAUCUCCAAAAAUUUCAAACAAUCUUUUAUACGCCACAAACUGUUGCAAAACAAACCCUUCAAUUUCUUGUCUGUUGUGGAGCUCCUGGUAUUGAGCAUUUGUAUGUCUCGUCAAUUAAACGAUAAUCGAACUCUAGUUAUUCUCCUCCAUAUUGAUGAAAUUCAAAUAAUGUUCAAUUAUGAAAAAUAUUGGAUGAGAAAGGGAUUUACCAAGCGGUUAUUACACAGGUUGGCCCUAUAUAUGUUGGAUAAUAAAACUUUUAUCCAAACAUUUCUAUCUGGGACAGCAUUACAGGAUGUUGUCAAGUUGAAGGAACCAACAAGCUAUAAUUUUAGCUAUAUUAAUUGUCCUCUUCUCUCAAUGGGUGCUUGUAUAGAAAUUGUAAAUUAUUUCGCAGUUAGAGAAAAUGUUACAAAUUACCAGUGGACUCUUGAUCGAUCAUUUAUUAAAAUUCUAGAUGAUGCCCGUGGUCUUCCACGUGCAAUCGAAUAUAUUCUUGAGGAAAUUUUGGAGAGAAACUUGUUUAAGAAUCAUAAGAAUCAUCCCUGGAAUCUAACCGGUUUCUUCAUCAAAAUUGCGACGAGCUACAAUAUAACGACAUUUGUUAAAGAACAUAAAGAUCUUGCCCUUACUUUGCUUAAAAAUUGUUUGAAAAGUGAUUCUAUCGAAAGGACACAUAAAGUGUUGAAAAGUGAUGAUAAUUCACUAACUUAUGGUGAACUAGAAAGAGAUAAACACAUUAUCCUGGAAGAUGUAGAUGGAAAACUUUUUAUUGCUAUGCCAGUAUAUUUCAUUCAUUUAUACAACACCACACUUAAUCUCGCUGAUGUUAUUCUUUCAGAAACGCUCAUUUCAAAUCAGCGUAGUAUGGAAUGGCAACAUUGGGAAACCUUCGUUGCACAUUUUGAGAUGUUUAAAGUUAAUCUUCUUUUUGCAUCAGGAAAGACGACUGCGAAACUUAAUGAAAUUUAUCCUGGUGCAUUUGGAAACGAGAAAACUUUGUCACUAAAAUUCAAACUUAAAAAUCUAAAAGGUAUUGCGUACCUAGAGCACCAGUUUCCGAGUAAAUAUGAAGGUUUACGCUGCAGAAAUACCAAAGUAUCUCACACCUGGAAGGAUAACAUUGUAUUUAAAAAUGCUGCUUCAUCUGAAUUUGGUGAUUCAAUUCUUCGAUAUGUAAGUGAAGAUAGUAAUGGGUAUUUUUUAUGUUUACAAUGUAAGUGGAUAUGGGGAAAAGAUUUUCAGAUUCCGUUGAAAUUGCCUGAUUUCGUAGGUGAGCAUAGAAAAAAUUUAGCUACCUUAGAGAAGUGUGAUUCUGAAGAGAUUAAGAAGGAAAAGAUUAUUACUGUAUUAUUCACGACAAGAGCGAUUGAUCCUGAAUUGACCUACGACUUCAGUUCUGCUAUUCCUGAUAAUAUUCUUCUUGUUUGCAGAGACAAUUUUCAUCAACACUUUGGUAGGUUGUUCGCCUCCCGAGUUGAUUUUGAAUUAUUGUCCGUCAACGCAAACUACACAUGUCCAGAUAUCCUAACAAAAAUCUUUAGUACAGAAAUAAAAGAUUCACCAGAGGCUUUGAUGCUUAAACGACCAUUUCACUCACCUGAGGAUUUCAAAGAUAGAGUAGCUUUCAAUGAUGGAGUAACUUUUGACAGUGAUGAGGGAAUUAAGGCGAAGAUUUGCAGGCUCUCAUAUGUUCCAUUUCAAAAACAUCAAGUUUCGCAAAUUCAAGAGCUACCUGCGUUUGAGCGCAGGGUUUUCCCGAGACUCGCGAAUGAAGAAAGAAUAAAUUAUCGUAAUCUAGGAUGA